AUGAGUAACACUGAUAGCUUCUCCCCGGAUCCCACAAGUCCCCUCUUUGUCCACUCUUUCGACAUUCCUGGUAUAUCCCUCAUUCCUAUUCCCUUUUCGGGCAGUGGUUUUGGGGGAUGGAAAAGGAAGAUGAUAGUGGCCCUAUCGGCUAAGAACAAGAUAGCAUUUGUUGAUGGAACUUGUCCCCGACCAACUACCACUACGGUUGAACAAAAAUUGUGGGACAAGUGUAAUGACAUGGUGAUCUCCUUGUUAACUGCCUCUCUAUCUCCUGAGAUAGCUGAGAGUGUGCAGUACUCUGAGACUACACAGAGUAUAUGGGUACAACUACAAACCAGAUAUGGCACAGCUAACAGGGCCAAAAUUUUUGAGCUUAACAGAGAACUUGCCCAUACUUCUCAAGGUCCUCUAGAUAUAGCAUCAUAUUUUACUAAGCUGAAAGGAUUAUGGGAUGAAUUGGGGUAG